AUGUACCAUAGAAUAAUCUCUAGGAACCAUGAACAGACUUUGUUGUUGCUCGGUUAUACCACCAUAUCUUGCUUUUUCGCUACCUCCAUAUGCAUCCAUAAAUUCUUCAAAGGUCAGAUGUUUUUGGGAGCUGGUUUACCUCUUCAUCCUUGUUUUUAUAUGGUAAAUGAUAUCACACAUUUAUUUCUUAAUGAGGUACGGACCUGCCCAAGAUCUAUGGAGCUUUGGAGAAUAGCCUUUCUGUCUUUUUGGGUCAUCGAGCCUUCCUUAAAACAUCUUUCUGUGGCUUGGGUACCGUAUCGCUUCUUCAUUCUGUCACUGGCGAUUUGA